CCGGGAAUUCCUCUCCCUGUAGGGCUCCGUGUGUGUGUGACGGAGAAGCGGAACCUCAGACACUGCUGAGAGGAAACAGCACGUACGGUACACGUGAGGCGUCUAACAUGUUCAUCUACCGUGUUUGCUGCCCGUGUUUUCAUCUGAGCCCCGGUCCGCUGCUGGAGGAGGAGAUGUGCCUGUGUGGUUGUGGAAAAGAAGUUUAGGUUUAAUGAUAAAAAACUUAGAAAAGAGACAACAUGGUCAACUGCAUCUUCAUCUGCUCAUAAACACCAGAUCUGAGAUCUGUGCUGCUACAAGGCCGACUUGAAUUCAAUCUGAAACCCACACGGAGUCUGGCUGACCUUGUCACGAGGCUUUGCCAUAGAAGGGAUCAGUGACAGUGUAGGGACACACUGGCAGCUCAGAUGUCUGCUCCCCAGCUCCUGGGCUGCUGGCAGGUCGUCUUUAAAUAGAAGUUCUGCCAUGUUUUCUGAUGCCCUCGAAGCAGCCGGGCGGGUGGAGGGCCUGCCUCUGUCCUCCCCGCAGCCACUACCAGAAGAGGAAGCAGAGGCAUCAGGGGAGAGGGGGCCAAAGAGACGAGGCCGUUACAGGCAAAGCCUGCAGCUUUUAAAGCCCUUCAGGAUAACACACAGGCACCAGCACCCAGUCGAUAACGCCGGCCUCUUCUCAUUUAUGACUCUGCAGUGGCUCUCCCCACUGGCACUGAAGGCCUACAAGGCGUCCAGCUUGUCUAUAGAUGAUGUGUGGGGACUGUCUUGCCAUGAAGCCUCUGAGAUCAACUGCCAAAGGCUCGAAGCUUUGUGGCACGACGAGCUGAAAAGUCGAGGACGAGAGGGGGCAUCCCUGACGAGAGUCUUCUGGAGGUUCUGCCAAACCCGCAUGCUGGUGGCCAUCUUUUCCCUCCUCCUCACAAUGGUGGCAGGCUUCAUUGGGCCCGCUCUCCUGGUCCGAGCUCUGCUGGAGUAUUCCCAGAGCUCGGAGAGCUGCGUGCCGUACGGCCUUUCUCUGGUAGCCGGGAUCUUCCUCAUGGAAUUGAUGCGCUCCUGGUCUAUGGCGCUCAUGUGGGCCGUCAACUACCGCACUGCAGCACGCCUCCGUGGGGCAGCUCUUACUUUUGCAUUCCACAAGAUCCUACGCCUACGCAGCACUAAAGACAUCAGUCCAGGCGAGCUAAUUAACAUCUGCUCCAGUGACGGCCAGCGGCUGUAUGAAGCAGUGUCAGUGGGCUGUCUGCUGGCCGGGGGGCCCCUGGUGGGAAUACUGGGUCUGUCCUACACUGCAUACUUCCUGGGCCCCACUGCUCUGCUGGGGUCAGCGAUUUUCAUCCUCUUCUACCCUACCAUGAUGCUUGCAUCCAGGCUGACGGCUUAUUUCCGCAAAAAGUGUGUGACGGUGACUGACCGGCGCGUGAGGCUGAUGAACGAGAUCUUAGGCUGCAUAAAGUUCAUCAAGAUGUAUUGUUGGGAAGACGCCUUUUCUCAGAACAUUCACAAGGUGCGAUCAGAAGAGAGGGGAAUACUAGAGAGAGCGGGGGUCGUCCAGAGCCUCACAGUGGGCGUGGCUCCCAUCGUCGUGGUGAUAGCCAGCGCGUGCACGUUCACCCUACAUAUGACUUUGGGCUAUGACCUUAAUGCCGCUCAGGCUUUCACUGUAGUAGCAGUUUUCAACUCCAUGACCUUUUCCCUGAAAGUCACACCGUUGGCUGUGAGGUCACUGUCGGAGGGUGCUGUCGCAGUAAAAAGAUUCCAGAGGCUCUUCAUGAUGGAUGACAGAGAGGUUGUUUUGCUCAAAAUGGAGGAUCCGAGCAACGCAGUGGAAUUUCGGGACGCCACACUGGCUUGGGAAAAGGCGCGCCCUCCGCCUGCAAAACCUAUCCCGCCUCCCAAGAACCGAGGAGGGAUGAAGCGCGUGCUGCGCAGGGAGAAGCUCAGCCUGUACAUUUCCACAGAGGACGGCAAAGGAAACAAGGAAGGUCCCAACGCACAAAGUCUCCUCCCAAACAUGGAGCAGGAGAGUCCACAAAGCACCAUCUCCUCCACUCAAAGCAUACGACCUCCACUGCACAAGACCCUGCACCGCAUUGACCUCCGCAUUAAGAGGGGUUCACUGGUUGGAAUCUGCGGAGGUGUCGGUACCGGAAAGAGCUCUCUUUUGUCUGCUCUACUGGGACAGAUGACCCUGUUAGAGGGUAAUGUAGCUGUCAGUGGUGGCUUCGCUUACGUGGCACAACAAGCCUGGAUCCUCAAUGAAUCACUGAAGGAAAAUAUCCUGUUUGGAGAAGAGUACGACCCAGACAAAUAUAACGAUGUCCUGGAAGCCUGCUGCCUUUACUCAGAUCUUGCAGAGCUCCCAUACGGAGACAUGACUGAGAUUGGAGAGAGAGGUUCCAACCUGAGUGGAGGGCAGCGCCAGAGAGUGAGUGUGGCUCGUGCCCUCUACAGUGAGCGGCCCAUACUCCUCAUGGAUGACCCUCUCAGUGCUGUUGACGCGUGUGUGGGUUCCCAUGUCUUCCAUAAGGCUAUCAAGGGAGCCGGAAAAGGCAAAACGGUGCUUUUUGUAACCCACCAGCUGCAGUAUCUGUCUGAGUGUGACAAAGUUAUUCUGAUGAAGGACGGGCAGAUUGCCGAGCACGGCACCCAUGCUCAGCUAAUGGGUAGAGAGCGUGACUACGCCAGCCUAUUCAACAGCAUGCAACAGGAGAAUCUGGUGAAAGAGAAUUUAAAAAACAAACAGGCAGGUGCAGAAAAGGCUGACAGUGCUGCUGAUGUUGCCAAGGUUGGGCCAAAGGCUGAAAGCAAGAAAGGAGCGUGUCUGAUGAAAGCCGAAGAGAAGGGCUCUGGUGCAGUCGCCUGGUCUGUGUAUGGCGCCUACAUAAAAGCAGCAGGCGGUUCAAUAGUCUUCAUCAUCAACGUCUUCCUCUUCCUCGCCACUACGGGCUGCAUAGCCUUCAGUAACUGGUGGCUGAGCUACUGGAUCACGCAGGCCAGCGGGAACACGUCAUUAAUCUCGGUGAAUGAAACGAUGGCGAGCGACAGCAUGAGACUCAACCCUCACAUUCAGUACUAUUCGACUGUUUACGUCGUAUCCAUGGGAGCCGCUUUACUGCUGAAAACAAUGAGAGGGCUGGUGUUUGUGAAGUGCACGGUGAAGGCUGCCUCCGUGCUCCACGACAAGCUGUUCCACCGGCUCCUCCUCAGCCCCAUGCACUUCUUUGAUACAACCCCUCUGGGUCGCAUCCUGACCCGGUUCUCCAGAGACAUGGAUGAGGUCGAUGUGCGUCUCACCAUGCAAGCUGAGAUGCUGCUGCAGAACUUGACCCUGGUGCUGUUUUGCUUGGUAAUGGUGAGCAUCGUCUUCCCGUGGUUCCUGAUCUCCAUCCUGCCGCUGGGAGUCUUCCUCUGCGUCGUCAACCGUGUCUCCAGGGUUCUGAUUCGCGAGCUGAAGCGGCUGGAGAACAUCAGCCAAUCACCAUUCACCUCUCACAUCACCAGCAGUCUUCAGGGACUCUCCACGAUCCACGCCUAUGGAAGAGGUCACGACUUCCUCCAAAGAUAUCAGGAAUUACUUGACACCAACCAGGCCUCCAACUACCUCUUUAGCUGCGCUAUGCGUUGGCUGGCUGUCCGCCUGGACCUCAUCAGCAUCUCUCUUAUCACUGGUGUAGCCCUUUUCAUUGUCUUCAUGCACAAUCAGAUACCUCCAGCCUAUGCAGGCCUCGCCAUAUCGUACGCAGUGCAGCUGACCGGCUUGUUUCAGUUUACGGUGCGGCUGCUCACAGAGACUGAAGCUCGAUUUACAUCAGUUGAGAGGAUCAAUCAUUACAUAAAGUGUCUCGAGAGUGAAGCGCCCCGACAAAGUCCUGAGGCAGAUGCUCCUGCCCCCUCCUGGCCUCAGCAGGGAAACAUCACUUUCCAGGAUGUGGCGAUGCGUUAUCGUGAGGAUCUGCCGCUCGUGCUUAAGAAUCUGUCCUUCACCAUCCAACCUGAAGAGACCAUCGGCAUUGUGGGCCGCACAGGAUCAGGAAAGUCCUCUCUGGGCGUUGCUCUGUUCAGACUUGUGGAGCUGACGGGAGGCUCGAUUAUCAUCGAUGGAAUCAAUAUUGCGCAGAUUGGUCUGGAUGACCUGCGAAGCAAGCUAGCCAUCAUUCCCCAAGAGCCGGUGCUCUUCAUCGGGACAGUCAGGACCAAUUUAGACCCGUGGGAUCAAUACUCUGAUUCCCAGAUAUGGGAAGCUCUUGAGAAGACGCAUAUUAAAGAGAUGAUCAGCCAGCUGCCUCAUUCGCUCCACUCAGAGGUGACGGAGAACGGAGAGAACUUCUCGGUGGGAGAACGACAGCUACUCUGCGUGGCCAGAGCCCUGCUGCGCAACAGCAAGAUUCUUAUAUUGGACGAGGCAACAGCAGCCAUCGACUCUGAGACAGAUCGUCUCAUCCAGCAGACCAUUCGCUGUGCGUUUAGCAGCUGCACCACCCUCAUCAUCGCCCACCGUCUCAACACAGUGAUGAGCUGCAGCAGGGUCAUGGUCCUGGACAACGGCCAGAUUUUGGAGUUCGACAGUCCCGCUGCCUUGUUGGCAGACGAAAACUCAAGAUUCAGAGCCAUGAUGGAAGCAUCAGGAAACCAAAGCCGAUAAAAGACACCGGAGCUGAACUUCGGACGCGAGCGGUGACACCGCGAAAUAUCCAGCGGAUCACCUGAAAUACACGAAAGAGCACAACUCAGUCCCGCCGUGGUGUGAAAGUGUGUUGAAAAAAUACAGAGCGGCGGCUUCUCUGUGUAGCAAUGUCUGUUUAUUUCCAAACCAAAGACCCAGGGACCACAGUUCUGAAGGACAAAUCAAAUGUCACUAUGCAAACUAAGCAGAACAACUGCUCUUUUGCAGAGUUAAUUCCUGGAGGCCAAAAUAAUCAUCAAGUGAAACAGAGCAACGCCUCUGACGAUAGCACUUUAUAAUUCAUGUGGACACAUGGGAAAGGGACAUGUGAUGCUUCCUUUCCUCUGGAGGUCAGCUGAUCAGUGAGACUCCAAAUUAGCUUUAGGCUUUUUAUUUCUGUAACUUAAACCUCACAGUGCAGGAACUUACGUUGAAGGAUGUAUUAGUUAAUAUUGAUUAUUCAAUACAGCAACAAUCACCUAUUCACUAUUCCUAAUAGGCACGGUCUAAAAACAUGUCAAAAUGUUUCAUUGAUUUUCUUUUUAUGCAUCUAAUUCUAAUGUAAUUUCAGUAAGUUAUUGCAAUAUGUGCCUAGAGUUGUAAACAUUAUCAGGUCAUUAAAUGGAGUUGGCCAUGUGAGGGGCUUUUUUUUUUUAUAGACCGCAUGCAAGUACUGUGUUUUGGAAUGAGCCGAAGUUUACUCUAAAUCCAAAUGCUGGUGUUUAAAAUCUGCACAUUUUACACUGAUGCUAACGUUUCUCACCAGUAAGGUAACGCUGCUGUUCAUUGACGUGUGUUAUUCAGUUGCAAUUGAGGUUAUAAACCAUGGUACAGUAUGUAAUGUGCAACGAAGUUGAAACUGAUCAACUAAGGAUGUGUCUUCAAAUGAGGAUCGUAAACUUCUGCCUUAUAAUCGAGUACGUGCUGAACAAUCAUGGAUAAGAGUGCAAUAUCUUUCUAUUGCAUUGAUACAUUUGCAGAUUGCCUUUGUACAUUUGAGAUUAUAAUCUUGUUUUGUAAGUGUUUUGAUUUUUGUUAUUACGGUUCUUGUUUUUAAAUAAAAAAUAUUUUUAUAUA